CAACAAUAUAGUGUUAUACAUACAUUUAUUAACAAUGAAGCAUCUUUUUUUUUUUUUUUAAACAAAUCAACAGUAAAAUACAGGUGUACAAAUGAAGCUAAAUUUAUAAAUAUGUAUCUAUAAAACACAGUUUUAGCUUUAAAAACCAAAAAAAGAAAAAAAUAGGAAAAUCAUGAAGCAAAAUUAAAAAGUAAAAAACGAAAAUUUUAAAAAGUUCUUUGACAAAAUUAGAAAUGAAAGACCUCGAAACUCCGGAGCCCCAUUACAUACCAGGGUACACUGGAUACUGCCCACAAUACAUAUACCGAUGCGGAGAGACCUAUGGAUCUCUUUCUCACAAGAUACUCCUCGAUCCAACAAUACAUAAAAGUUACCAGCUCGCUCUUUCCGAUCGAACGUUAACUGACUUUCAGAUCGUCAGAAAAGAUGAAAACAAUCGUAAUGCUAUUCAACUUAGGAAUUACAACUGUAAUUCAAUAUACAAGCAUCCAAUUACUCCUGGAUACACAGGUUUUCUCCCAAGAUCGAGGUCUGCUUUGGGUAAAACAUUUACUAUUGGUGCAGAAGAAGGUCUCAUGGAGUUUGAAAAACAGACUCGAAACAAGAAAAAGGCUCUUAAUGCCAUUUAUUCCGAAGUCGCAGCGAAUAAUGACCAAUAUAAUCCAAGCGUUGAUGAAAAAGCUCAAAAUCUUGCGAGGUAUAAGCUCCCUCUACUUGAAGCGAGACCGGAAUACAGCAACAUUUUAAGAAGCACUAUGGUGACCGAACCACCUGAGCCAUUUGAUAGUGGGGGGUCGUCGCCGUACUUCAAAACCGUGACGAGCCCUGAUAAAAAGUUUAAAUCAGGAUAUACUGGUCACGUGCCGUUCGGCUAUUCUAAGUAUGGACAAGGUUAUGCUCCACUAACUAACUCCGGCUUGUGUGAUUUUACAUCUUACUACCAUACUCGAAAGAGUAACGAAUGGACGCCAGUCAACAUCAUACAAGCAGAGCCUCCUUUAGUUGUAUCUUCUAAUGAAAUUUAUCACAAACACAUUGGCAUGGUUCCGAACUAUACAGGUCAUAUACCUGGCAAUAUUUUCAGGAGUGGGAAAACCUAUGGAGCUGACUCCAGAAAUGCAAAACGAUGGCUUAAAGGAGAUUUUUCUGAAUAAAUAAUGAUCAUAAGACCAUACUUCCUUGAAAGUUAAAAAAAUGAUGCAUGUUUUAAAAAAAUUAAAGUAAACUUUUUUAACUUCAUGCAUUUUCCAAUGACUUAGAUUAUCAGCAGCUUUCUUCAAUUUUUCAUUUUCCUGGAAUAACAAUAAAAUAUUUAAAAUAAUUUUUUAUAACAAACAGAAU